CAUCGGGCCGAUUAUGAAAUUUCUGCCUUUCGUUUUCGGCGUGUUGGUCGGCGGACUGCUGGAGUGCGCCGACGCGAAGAUGUGGACUGACGGUGACAAUCGUUCGGAUGAGACCUUUCGCAUCUUCGUCUGGAUCGCUCGUCUCAAGCGUCUUUCCUUGAUCGCCAUCAUGUUGCUCAGCGUGUUACUUUAUUACGUACCCGAGUCGCGUUCUCACGUACGAAAGGCUUGUUGCUUCUUGAUCGAUUUCGUGGCGGAUGGAUUGAAAUUUGCGCUUCGUCCUACCGACAGCGAUUACGGAAGGAAAUUGAAAGUUAAGAGACGAAGAUCGCAAAGCGAACAAGAUAAUCAACGGAGAAGGCGCAUAUACGAGAAAAGCAAAAUCCCGACGAACGAAGGGUCAUCUUGGUUGGUCUUUGGACAUGGCUCGAACGCGAAUUAUUCAAACGACAAAUGGACAAUUUGUAGGUAUCGAGGGAGCACGAGAUCGCGUACGAAACGUUUUGGGCAAGAUGGAAAGUAUCAAAAUCGUCGCCGGGAUCAACGACGUUAUCGCGAGGUUAUCGGGAACGAUGAGAGCUGCCUCGACUUGUCACCUUUCCUACAAAAUCAAUAUCAGCAGAGGCGUGCCGUUAUGACGCGGAAUGACAUGGCUUCUGUCCGUUUGAAAAAGGAAUGCACGGUUGAUAAUCCGUUUAAAUAUCGGGAGGAUGUUUCGUACUCGGGCCAGAAAUUCCCUAUAGAAUAUGAGGAAGAUAAUGCGCCAACUGAUACGAAUGUAUCGACAAAUUAUUACGAUUUGCCGAGCGACAGGUUCGAUCGAAACGUCGCCGAUGUCACGACUUAUCCUACGUUGCGAGAAAUUAUAGGGGAUAACAAAUUUUUCAUGGACAAGAGGGAAGAGAGAUCGAUCGUUGAUUUUAAAGGAAAGACGACGGUCCGUAAGAGACAAAUACCGGGAAUACGGCUAAUGCACGGUGAUACGAUACCGGAGACGUCGUACAACGAGAGCUCGUACACCAGUUUAGAAGCGGAAGCGGACGACGAAAAUUCUCAAUGCGGAAAUGAAAUUGCGCCGGGGACAAAGUUUUCGAAGGAAGGAGACGUCGAGGAAGCGACGACGACGACGACGACGACGACGACAACGAGUACGUCGAUGGCGCGGCAAACGAUUGGAGGAUACGAUAAGAAUACUUUUAUCUUUUUCCUUUGUUUUUCCUUUUUUAUAUAACAUUUUUAAUAUAUAACAGAUCUACGACGCGAUUAUCGUUAUCUUUAAUAAUAAACCAUUGUAAAGAGAGGAAGGAAGUACGUAUAAGGAAAUGAAAUAUACGGCAAGGCAAUUGAAUAUUCAAAAAAAUGAAAAAGGAGGAUUAACGAAUCGGAUUGUCGGUUAUUCAGAUCCCAGGGGAAAUUCCUUGUCGCGUGCCGUAAAGUGGAUCUUUGGAGGAUGUCCGGGAACGUGCCGACGUCUCUCGCCAGGAAAGCCGGGGAAGAAAAUGGAAGAGAGAAAACUAGUCGGAAAGGAAGAGAUUUGCGAAAAAGUAAGCGGUGUCAUGGACGAGUGGCUCUACUUCUAGCGAAGAACGCGAAGCAGAACGGGUUGCAGCCGGUAAACGCGGCCUUCUUCCUUACCAAUCGUCAUUGGUUCUAGAAACGCGCGAGAAAUUAAAAAUAAGACUCGACGACGAACGUUGCGCCUUGCAUUCAUUUCUCCGACGCUUGUCAAAUUUUAUGUCACGCGCUAUUACAAUAGAUAAUAGAUAUUUUUGCAGACUUUAUUUAGAGUUCCUAACUUUCUAUCAUUUUAAUGACUAAUGCAAGGAUAGUUGUCGAUUGACAUUGAUUGACGAAAGGAACGACCAAAGUGCGUUGCUUUGUUUCGUCAAAAUUUGUUCGCUCGAUCGGGAGCAAACAUCAUUAUUUCUCGUAAAAAUUAUCGAUGCGAGACGCUCGUAAAGUUUUGGCGCGAGCGUUAAACGUGCUCGAACGGAGAAAAAUCGACUCGUGAAUUGGCGAGAGGGUUGCUUUGCGCGUUCACUCGUGUGCUCUCUCUCUCUCUCUCUCUCUCUCUCUCUCUCUCUCGAGUUACCGGAAGUGAGCUAUCGCGCGCCUAGUAUUCGUGGCUUAAGAGCAAUAAAGGACGCGUCGGUCUCCGGCGACGAGCGAACGAAGAGAGAAAACGGGCCGAGACAGUCGAGCGGAGGCCAAGAACCGCGUCGGAUCGCGAACGCCGUCCCCGUGGAAUUGUCAGGAAACACGUGACACGCUACUGGACCUCGCGACGAGACGCAAACGACUCGUAAAAGAGAUCGAGAGAGAGAGAGA